AUGUCUCAAAACGACUUCAAGACCGUCUUCACGCCUCUUCCUCGCCUGAAAGGUGAAUCCAACUGGAACACAUGGCGCAUGCUUGUUACAGCGACCCUGCGAGGAUACGACUUCGAGAUAUUCCUCGAGACUGACGUCCCUCGCCCUGCUGACCCUAUCGCUGCAGAGGAAUGGAGAAAGAACCGUAACGUCACGAAUGGUCUCCUCAUGAACGCCAGCGAAUCGGUUCUUGACAGACUCUGCACAGCGGGUUGGGUUGACGAUGGAAACCCUUACGAAUUGUGGCAGGCGCUCGAGAAGCACAUUCCGAGAAUCUCACAAGACGCCACAGCUGCCCUUGUUGACGAGUUUGCCAAGACCACCGCCAACGAUCACAAGACUCUUCACGAUGCCCUCAAUCGCUGUCACCACCUCAGAAAGCGUAUUGAGACCAUUCACGGUCGUCUGCCAGACUCCUUCCUCGCUGUUUUCCUCCUUAACUUCUUUAAGGACCGACUUCCCGAUACGUACAAGCAUUUCACAUCGAAGGGCGCCACCCAUCCCACGUGGAAUGAGGUGGCUGAUACGAUUUACACGCUUGCCCAAGACGAGGAUCAAAAGCGCAGUUAUGCCACUAUUCGCAACACACCUGGAGGCAAGUCUGCUGGCAGUGGGGGUCCUGCCUCUCCAGCCGUCACCACCACCGUCACCUCCACUGUCACUGCCUCCAAGGAAAAGAAGAAGUGCGACCACUGCAACUGUGAUCACGAGACCACAAAGUGCUAUGUCGCCCACCCCAAUCUCAUCCCUCUACACUACGGCCCUCGACGCCCUAUGCGCUCUGCCAAGAUGGAACCACGAGCAAUCAAGGGAUUCCUCGUCGGUUACGGUUCUCUUCGUGGCCACAUUUACUACGUUUACCUGCCUGAUCGAAAGGAGGUUAUUCGCUGCAGAGAUGUUCGAUUUCGUGAGGAACCGCACAAGACAGUGUUGCCUCCAACUACUGGCACACCCAACAUUGAUGAAAUUGAACAUGAUGCUGCGUUUGUCGAACCAGAUAUCAUCAUCCAGUACACCAUCCGUCAGAAGCCUAUUGAAGGUGAAAAACCCGUGACUGGUGAUCCCAAACCAGAUGAGACCAUCGUUGAAAAAGCGAUGGCACCCACUGAUACACAUCUCAUGUCUCCGCCACCAGAGAACCUGUUGGAGACCACUGCUACACCUCGUGACAGCAUUACUAACGAAUUGAAUGAUGACGAAUUCAGUCCUCUCGACCUCGCCGCGCCUCAGCCCAGCGACCACCUGGUCACUACCGAGCCGCCAGUGGCGUACGCUCCUAUGCUAAAAAGACUUUUCUAUCUGCUGACAUUCCAGCUUCACUAA